AUGGAUGUUAAGAAUGCCUUUAUGAAUUAUGACCUUCAUGAAGAAGUUUAUAUGGUUCCUCCUCCUAGUCUUGAUCAUUGUCUUGGUGAAGCUCCCCGCGCCUGUUUUGAAAAAAUUUCUACUAUUAUUACUUCUCUUGGUUUUCGUCCGAGCAACCAUGAUUCUGCUUUGUUUGUCAAGUGUACUUUGGCUGGUCGAAUCUUGCUUUCCCUUUAUGUUGAUGAUAUGAUUAUUACAAGUGAUGAUGUUGUUGGGAUUAGCUUGUUAAAGUCUGAAUUGACUCGAAGUUUUGCUAUGAAAGACUUGGGUCCCCUUUGCUACUUCUUGGGUAUUGAAGUUGCGUCUUCUCCAAAAGGGUAUCUUCUUUCUCAAUCUAAGUACAUUUCUGAUAUUUUUGAGCGUGCUCGCCUCUCUGAUAAUAAGACUGUUGAUACUCCGAUUGAGCUCAAUGCUCGGUACUCUAUUUCUGAUGGGUCUCCUCUGCCAGAUCCGAGUCUUUAUAGAACGGUUGUUGGACGUUUAGUUUAUCUCACUAUCAUUCGUCCUUAUAUUGCAUAUGUUGUUCACAUAACUCUUUUGCUUUUAUCUACUUCGUCUUUAAAGUUAUGUGCUUACUCUAAUGUUGAUUGGGCUGGUGAUCCUACUUACUGCAAAUCCACUACCGGCUUUUGUAUUUUUCUGGGUAAUUCUCUUAUCUCUUGGAAAAGCGAGCUCGAUCCAACAUCAAGGCUAGUUUCUCACCCCAGUCAUAUAACGUGUUAUCGUGAGAUCACUUCGAGAUUCUUACUGGACCUGGAGCAACUACUCCUCAACGAGAAGCACUCCUCUUCAAGAGCAUACAUGUUUCUCAACGAGGAGCAAUCCUCCUCAAGAUGGGUCUGCUCUCUGCUUCGGCGAAGAGCAGACCCAAUGGGUUUGCUCUUCCACGAUGGAAAAGCAGACCCAUCUGGGUCUGUUCUUGAGGAGCAGUUCUUGUUGAGGAGCAGAUCUGCUCUUCGCCGGAGGAGCUGA